UUAGCGAUACGUACAAAAAUGUGCAGUGCAACCUGGUCCAUAUUGGUCACUGUUGUGCAAAAAUCAUAAGUUUUUGUCUUUAAAUAUGUUUGCAUGUAAAUUGAUAAUUAAUUAUAUAAGUUUGGAUUGUAGAGAGUGUUAAUUGUUGUCAAAUUUUGAAAAACAUCUACGAUUUGUUUUAUAUAUUAACUUACUACUAACUUGCAUAGUAUUCCGAUUAUUUAAGUUCGGAUGGGCUACAAAACACUUAGUUUUUUUUAACACACCAAUUGUCAAUUAACAAAUAUACAUACUUAUCUACUGAUUUCACUGUCUGUUUAGCUUCUUAUUUAAGAGAUGGAAUUGGAAAGACUGUCAAAGAGGCCAAGACAGGAAGAAAAUGACAUGGACUUACGCGCUGUGACUUGCAGUAUGCUACCAAUACUUGAUGACAAGUACCUAAAACCGAUCUCAACUGUUGAGAUGCAUGUCUGUGAGGUACUCGACAAGCAAAAAACUUCAGCUAUUCUAAAAUUUUUGUCACAGAAAUUUCCAUUAGAUAAAUAUCAGCAUAUGAAAAGAAUCAAGUCUUCAAAAGAGUCUGUAAUGGUUCUGUUGUGUGAAGCAUCAGAGAUAAGCAAAGCAGACCUGGACCGAGAAUUGUCUCCCAUCGCCUCUCACCUUGGCAUCAUUAGAAUUGCCACAGUACCUGCGUCGGCCCCGCUCACACGGCAACAGUUUGAGGACAGUGUUAUGCUGUGGCCUGUCAACUUCCAUGAAAACAAAGAGAUUACACAACUUGUAAAAGGCACAUUCUUCACAACAGAAGAUUUGAGAAUCAUUUCCAGACACAUGCAACAGGCUAUCCAGACGGCAAUAUUGGGCAAAGAAAACAAUCAGGUUGCUAUAGGAGCAGUGAUUGUAGACCCUCGUACUGACCGUGUGAUAGCCCGGUGUUGUGACUUGAGGAACCAAUACCCCCUCCAGCACGCCACCAUGGUAUGUGUGGAUCUAGUUGCCAGGUCACAGGGAGGGGGCAUGUGGAAAUAUGAUGAGGAUUCCAACUUACACUGGAGUGCCCCUAGCAAUGGUGAUUCAUAUCCUGAUUCCAACAUAGACACCCAGGCAGUGUGUAAGACUGAGCCCUACUUGUGUACUGGAUACCAUCUGUACAUCACUAGAGAACCUUGCAUCAUGUGCUCCAUGGCGCUGGUCCAUUCCCGUAUUCAAAGGGUCUACUAUGGUAGCAGCUACAGCGAGGGUGCCUUAGGUAGCAGGUACAAACUGCAUGUGACCCCAGGACUCAACCACCACUACCAGGUGUUUGGAGGGGUCCUCAAGGAACAGUGUGAUGGCUUGUACUCAGAGACAGGAAGUUGAGAUCGAAAAUGAACACUGCUCUGAGCCUGCAAUGUCACUAUCAGGUAUUAAGAUAAAGAUGGCUGGUACAUGUACUAAUAGACAGGAAGAUGGGGUUGAAGCUACACGAGUCAUUAUUUUGCGACACUGAGACUUACCCAAUUAUAUCAGCUGUUUGGAGGGGAGCUGAAGAAGCAAUACGAGACAAGAAUGUGGGCUACAAAGUGACUGUUACCCCAAGACUGAUUUGUACAACCCGGCAAUGAACCACAUCUUUAAAACCAGUAUCAUGCGAAAAUGGGUCUUAUGCACCCAGCAUGGCUCUUGGCCAGCCUUACAUUCUCACAGUCAGGUCAGGAUCUACCAUGUCCUCUAAUGAGACUACAAAACCAGACUCUGUGCAUGCGCAGGCCAGAGCUACACUGGCUGCAUCGGUCCCAUUUUCAUAUGAGGUAGGUCAAUAGGUGUUGGGCGGAUUUCUAAAGGGACAGUGUGGUAGUAAGUACCCAUAGACACUUAAGUUGAGAUAACUAUCAUGUGACUCGUAGACUCGACCAUCAUUAUCAAAUGUUUGGAUGAAGAGUGUGAUUCCCUGUACUAGCAGACAGGAAGUAUUUAAUGUCUUUGCGUUGGUUGCGUUGUAAAUUGGUUUAUAAAAUGUAUUUAUAUAUAUUUGAUUUAUUAAAAUAUGAUUAUGGUAAA